UUUCAUCCUCUCUGGCGCUCUCUGUUUCUCUGUUCCUAUAUACCAUCCCCGCCAAUCUUACAAAUCACACCCUCACCGGAGAUCCAAUUUCCCGGUCAUAUCGACGGCCGUCGGAAUAUAAUCUCCUCAACAAUCCGUCCAAUUCUAUUCUAUUAUUUUAAUCAUGAAUCCCGAAUACGACUACUUGUUCAAGCUUUUGCUAAUUGGAGAUUCAGGAGUCGGAAAAUCUUGUCUUUUGCUUCGAUUUGCUGAUGACUCGUAUCUUGACAGUUAUAUCAGCACAAUUGGUGUGGACUUUAAAAUCCGUACCGUGGAUCAGGAUGGAAAGACCAUUAAGCUUCAAAUUUGGGACACUGCUGGACAAGAAAGGUUCAGGACAAUCACUAGUAGCUACUAUCGUGGAGCUCAUGGCAUCAUAAUAGUUUAUGAUGUUACUGACCUAGAAAGUUUCAACAAUGUAAAGCAAUGGUUGAGUGAAAUUGAUCGCUAUGCAAGUGAAAGUGUAAACAAACUCUUAGUUGGUAACAAAUGUGACCUUACUGAGAACAGAGCCGUGUCAUUUGAUACUGCCAAGGAAUUUGCUGAUGGAAUUGGCAUUCCUUUUAUGGAAACAAGUGCCAAAGAUGCUACCAAUGUGGAGCAAGCUUUCAUGGCUAUGUCUGCUGAUAUCAAAAACAGGAUGGCAAGUCAGCCUUCUUCAAACAAGAGGCCACCUACUGUGCAGAUCAAGGGGCAACCAAUUAGCCAAAACAGUGGCUGCUGCUCAAGUUAGGAGGUUUCAAUCAUAUACGUCAUCACCAUAAUUUAUCGAUAACCCUCCUUUAAGUUUUUGCUGCUUAUAUCAUUUAAAGUUUUCAUCAUUGUUUUCAUUAUUAUAUGCGGUUUAAUUGCAAGCAUUGUCCACUGCUGGCUAGUGUGUAUUUGGCUGCAGUUGCAAUCUCUUGCAAUCGUAACCCAUGUUUGUUUAAAUGUUUAGAUGAGGGAGCAUAUUCGACUUAUUAUAGUAAUCCAAAUAAUAUACCAAUUGGUUAGUCGGGCAUUGGCAACAUUA